AGCGGUAUACAGAUAGAAGGUACAGAUGCAACAGGAAAUAUGAUAUCUAGGGUCACACGUUUUGACAUCACGCCUGUUGGUGUUCGAUUAAAGAUACUUCCAUCUACAAAUGAUCUUCAGCUGAAUAAAGAAGAAACGAUAUCGUAUCAACUGACAAAUACCGGCAAUGUUGAGACCAAUUUUGAAGUCAACAUAACUGACGACAAGGGUUUCCUAGUAUCAUCGAAUAGCACGACAAUACAUCUUCAAGCUGGCGAAACUGUAGUGAAUACGAUCAAUUUAAAUGGAACCGACAGCGGAUCUACAGUGAAAGUUCAACUGACUGUUUUCCUCUGGAACUCAACAGAAGUUUUGCAAAUGGAAUCGAAGAAGUAUUAUAUAUCUGAUGUUCAGCGCCUUGAAUGUAAAAUCACUGACCAAUCACCUCAGUGUCCUGAGGAGUCCUUGACAACCAAAACCUGUGACGACUAUAGAUGGAGUGGAUCAACAGAAAUAUCAUUCACUUUGAUAAAACCUUCCCAGAUUGUUGCUUCAAACAAUGACGUCAACAUUCAAUAUGAAAACAUAACAAAUACAAACAAUAGCAUGAAUGUUAAUAUCAGUGGACAUUGUUGUGUACAAUCUGUUCAACUCAACGCAUAUGACGAUGAUGGGUUUUUUGCUAAGUGUGACUUUGUGUUUUCAAAUGGUACAAUUGUGGCUGUGGAACCAGAAACAACAACGGAAAUCACCUCUAUAAAUACUGAACAAAUAACAACGGAAAAUCUAGCCACCACAACAGUGUUCGUGGACACAACUUUAACGGAUUCAACAACAGAUGAACAGACAACAGCGGUAACCACUGAAGAAGAUAUCACAACAGAAAAAGAGACAACAAUAAUGAAUCAAAAAACAACAGCUGAAAAAAGCACAAUCACAGAUAAAGUGACAGCUGAUCAGGCCACCUUCGUAGAAACAACAACCGUUUCUAUAACGACAGGUGCUGGAAUUACUGUUCAAUCUACAGCUUUUGAAGAAAGCACAGCAACAACUUUUCAACAAAAAACAACAGAAGACGAAGAUAAACCGACUACGCAAUUGUCAACGACGACAAAGGAAUUGACGACUACAAUCAAAGUUGAAACAUCGACUGAAAUAAUAUCAUCAGAUUCUACCAACGAAGGUUCUACCAAAACUACUGAGAAGGACACUUCUACGAGUCCAUCAACAACAACUGAAGAACUAUUUUCAACAAAGAAAUCAGCAGAAACAACUGUACUAUCUGAAUCAACUCAAACCUACAUGGAGACAACACCAACAUCGAAGUACAACAGUGAUGAGUUGGAGUCAUCACCAAUAUUCCUGUCAAUAAUAUCUGGAACUGGAAUCGUGAUUUUGAUUGUGGCUAUCGUGUUUUCGGUUACAUUAUAUAAAUCCUGUUCGAAAAGCAAAGCGGCUAAAAGACCACUACCAUAUGUGAUGAAUCAUGCAGAAAACGUUUCGCCUAAACAAACAAGUCCGACAGAUAAUGAUGGCAGCUUGAAAAAUCUACCAACUGCGUUCAGUAAUGUUGAUAACUGGCAUAGGAAGGAUCUUUGAUUGCGUUAUGAAAUGCCUUACUGUAUUUUUGAAAUUAUAUUUUGAAAUAUCGGAAGAAACGAAGAAAUGGAAAUGUCAAAUUACUGAAUACGGAGUUAUUUUCGCCCCAAAAUAUUUUCUCCCUCUCACACUGGGAAACAACUUUGUCCCAUUU